AUGUAUGGGCGCGCCUACGGCAUUUAUUACUUUCGCAGACCAGCACUUAUCGUAACUGAUCCAGAACUCAUCAGACAGAUUCUAGUCAAGGACUUCGCCAACUACAGGGAUAGGUUUUCUGCAGAUGAUGAUGCUCUGAUUAAUCAUCAGCUUCAAAGUGGAAUAUUUUUUACAAAAGGUGAAACAUGGAAAAGAAUUCGAGCACUGAUCUCUCCUUCUUUCAGCAUUACUAGGAUAAAGUCCAUGAGUAACGUUAUCAACCACAGUGCUAACAGAUUAGGUGGGUACAUGCUGGAAAGUGCCAGGAAAGGAGUUCCAUUGGAUGCAAAGGUUCUUUUUGGUGCCUUUGCAAUGGAUGUAGUCACUGGCAAUGUGUUCGGCAUCGAUGUGGAUUCACUGAAAAAUCUGGACGAUCCCUUCUCAAGACAUGGCAGAAGUUUAUUUAUCUACAGGAAGUCGAUGAAGCUUCUAACCUUUUUAGGAUGUUCCUUUCCGUUGAUUGCUCGUCCCAUUGCUAGAUUUUUCAAUAGUGGAUUUUUCAAAACAGAAGAUAUGGAGUUUUUCAACACGAGUAUCAGACAGAUGAUAGAUGGCCGAAGCCACGAAACAAAAAACACUAAUAGAUAUGAUUUUUUGCAAGUUCUCAUUGAUGCCAUGGAUGGCAAUUCAGAAGACGCCGAACGAUCUGGAAAACUAACAAAGGAGGAGGUGGUUGCUCAGGGCAUCAUGCUGUUUGUUGCCGGAUAUGAGACAGCUUCGAGUACUCUACAGUUUCUUUCUUAUGAACUGGCCAGGCAUCCGGAAGUUCAAGACAAGCUAAUGGCAGAAAUUGAUAAAGUCAUAGGAGAUGAGGAACCUAGUUAUGAUGCAUGUUUAAAUCUCAAAUAUACUGAAGCAGUGAUUAAUGAAACAUUGAGAAUGUACCCACCACUGUCCUUGUUAACUCGAGAAAAUGAAACAUCAACAACACUGAAUGGAAUUAACCUGCCUGCAAAAACUGGGAUUGCAAUCCCAUUGUCCAUCCUCGGAUGUGAUCCAGAAUUCUGGGAAAACCCUGAUGAGUUUAACCCGGAUAGAUUCAUGGAAAACAAUACUUCUCGUAUCGACCCUCUUACUUUUAUUCCUUUUGGUGCAGGACCCAGGAUCUGUGUAGGAAUGAAGCUGGGUCUUUUAGAGAUCAAGAUGGCCCUUAUCCAGGUUCUACGGAGAGUGGUUGUCAUGAAGGCAACCCCAGAGAAGCUACACAUGAAUGAUUUGACAGCCAUGUUACAACCGUCGAAGCCAGUUAUGAUAUAUGCCAAGCCCCGGGAAACACAAUGGGCACAUAGUGAGUGA